GUCCCGAGGUGCCAUCCGCCACCUUCUUCACCGCGCUGCUCUCGUUACUUGUGUCCGGGCCCCGUCUGUUCCUGCUGCAGCCGCCCCUGCCACCCUCCGGCCUCUCGUUAGGGUCUGAUUGCCUGCGCAACUGGCAAGCCACUAUGGAAGGAGAGGUCAGGAUUACAGCCGAGGAGACUGGCACACAGAGUGUUAAGGGACACCCACUCAAUCCACCCUGAAGCUGUUACAAUUAAUUAACCCUCAAACUGCCUGGUGAGAUAGUUUACAGGCUGGUGACCUACAUCUUUGUCUACGAGAAUCCAGUGUCCCUGCUCUGCGGUGCUAUCAUCAUCUGGCGCUUUGCUGGCAAUUUUGAGAGAACCGUGGGCACUGUCCGCCACUGCUUCUUCACCGUGAUCUUCGCCCUCAUCUCCGCUAUCAUCUUCCUGUCGUUUGAGGCUGUGUCAUCACUGUCGAAGCUGGGGGAAGUGGAGGAUGCCAGAGGUUUCACCCCAGUGGCUUUUGCCAUGCUGGGAGUCAGCGCUGUCCGCUCUCGGAUGAGGAGGGCCCUGGUGUUUGGCAUGGUGGUGCCCUCAAUGCUGGUGCCAUGGCUCCUGCUGUGUGCAUCCUGGCUCAUUCCCCAGACCUCCUUUCUCAGUAACGUCUGUGGACUUGGAGUUGGGCUAGCAUAUGGCUUCACGUACUGCUACUCCCUCGACCUAUCAGAGCGAGUAGCACUGAAGCUCGACCAGAAGUUCCCUUUCAGCCUUGUGAGGAGGAUUUCGAUGCUCAAGUACAUCUCAGGCUCUUCAGCUGAAAGAAGGGCAGCCCAGAGUCGGAAGCUGAACCCUGUGCCCGGCUCCUACCCCACACAGAGCAGCCACUCUCACCUGUCCCCGAGCCACCCUGUUGCUCACAUGCAGCACGCCAGCGGCCAAAAGCUAGCCUCCUGGCCAGCUUGUGCUCCCGGUUCUGGGCACAUGCCCAGCCUGCCUCCCUACCAGCCUGCCUCUGGCCUGUGUUAUGUGCAGAACCAUUUUGGCACAACCCCUAACUCCUCCGGAGUCUGUCUGGGUUCCACAGGGGCCUCUUUAGGGGUCCAGCCCCCUGCCUCUCUCAACUGCCCCGGAACCGUGUGUUCUGGGGUCCUGCCCACGCCAGUGACUGCAGCCUCCAAGGAGGGCUCAAGGGCCCUGAUCCCCUGAUGGGAAACUUCCAGGGAGGUUAUCCUUACAUCUCAGCCUUCCAAAGAAGGUCCUUUUGAGCUAAGGUUUCUUGACAAAAAAAAUUAUUUAUUGAACACCUCUAUGCGCCAGGCUCUGUGUUAAGUACUUUGAUGUAUGUCUUUAUUUCAUCCUCACGACAACAUUGUGAAGUACGGUGUAUUGUCCCCAGUUUAUACCUGCACUAGCGAGGCUGUGAUUACAUGAAGGCACCUAGCUCUGUAUGGCACAGCUGGGCUUCUUGGCUCCAGGCCCAGGGCUCCUCCCACCUGCUGUCCUGCCUCCCAAAGAACACCUGGUUGUCAGUGGCUCUCAACUAGUUCUAGCUCUGCAUUUUCUUCCUGUCACUGUGUAUAGUGCUCUUGAUUGUAUGGUGUCUGUGUGCAUCUGCCCGUCUGGAGCUCCGGCCCCCCAGGUGUGCUCGGCAGUCCCCAGGCCUGGGUAGUGUUCCUCCCCUGCCGUGACUGCCCACUCCCCACCCCUUAAGACUUCUGCCCCGGAGUGGUGAGAAGGACCAGUGUAAACCGCGGCCGCAUGCUGGUGGUUCUAUAAUGUUGAUUACCUUUGUAUAAAGAAACAACCUCUAACCUGCUGUUGUCUGUGGUCUCUUUGUGGUCUGGCUGUGGCAGGUAGAGCAGGGUUUGGGCAGGGGUGAGACAGGGCCUGCCUGUAAAGAGGAGAGAGAGAGUGGGCGUCAGCUCAGGCAAACGUCAUCCACCCAAUGGACAUCUGACACGGGGAAUGAGUUGCAAAGGUGCUGGGAGAGUUGAAAGGGCAAAUGGGAAAGUUUGACAACAGGGAGACGGGCAAAGCUGGAAGCCACUAUUGCAUUUAGGGAGGAGCGGGUGUUACCAGAGCUCCAAGUGGAAUCGGUGCGAGAAGGGCUGCCUGGCAAGACCUUAUGCCAAAGAGUGAGAGCAGGCCCUGGCAGUGAUGGCAUCUGAAGCAAGAGCAGGGUCCAGGGGGAAGAGCCCUAGUUCCUCUGCUUGUCACCUAACAUUAGGGUGUCCUGUGGGCCAAAUUAACCAGGAGCCUUUUGGCAAGUGAGCCCAGGAAAUGUAGUUUGGGGUGGGGGUGACUCCUCUGAGGCAGGACAGGACAGGACAGGAAUGUGAGUCAAUAGGCACUUGACCAGCCUGAGCAGAGCUCCUGGCUCCUAGCAAGCCAUCAGCUGGAGCUCCUUGCAGUGGCAUCCCACUGAGAAAGCAUGCCAAGUUGCAGGUGUUUUCACGGUAUUGAAACACAUGACAUUUGCUAAUUCUGGGAGCCAGAAGGCCUCCCCUGGGCUGGCUCUUUGACAGGUGCCAGGUAUUAGAGGUGGAUAAGACACAUACAGAUCCACCCGGCCCAGACGAGGGCAGGCAGUGACAGGCUCCUGGGUGGCCCACACCAGACAAGAGGGUGGAGGAUGAAGCCGAGAGGGCGAUGCCACAGCUGGAUUGUGGAGUAGGAUAGCCAGCUGAGGAGUGAGGUGCCCAGACUACAGCUGGGGUUUGCCUGUAGUCACAGGUCUAGCAGGGCUGGGCCCGGGGCCUCUGUCUCCAGCUACACCUGGCACCUUUCCCAUAGUGUCACUGGAUGAACACAGGCUGCUGUGUCUGUUAGGCAUUCUCCCUCUGCUCCAGUCUCAGGUCUGUACCCAGAAGCAGAUGAGAGGGUCACCUGCUCCCAGUGUGGCCAGGUGUCAUCCUUUGGGUCUGACCUUUGUGGACUGUGGUGCUAUGGAAGCCGAGGGCCUUGGAGAUGGUCUGGCUGGAGGGCCCUCUCAAGUCCCCAGAUAGCAGACCUGUGAGGGUCCUCAGAGGUCGUUCAGUCCACCCAUCUCCUCCGCUCCUGGUUUUACUAAUGGGGUUCCAGGGAGGCAGGAUGGGGCUGGUGGAGCAGCCAGCAGCAGCCCCUGACUGACGUGGGCCCCUACUGCAACUGCCUCUCUGAGACUGGCUCUGCUUAGUGUGGAUGGAAAAGGGCCACAGACUAAACCUGACCGGCUCAGGGGAGGCCUGCGUGGUGGCCUUAUCAACUCAGAGACCUAAAGUGACCACAAAUGAAAUGAAAACUUACUAACCAAAAGCAGUUUAUGGCAAGUAGUCAUGGCCUACGCUAGAAUCUACCCUGACCAAAGUUAAUCUUUUCCUUAAUUAAGCCUGUCUAUUGUCUUUUCGCAUGUGUGAUAACAUACCUUUGGCAUGUCCAAGUAAUUUCUUUUUGCUGGACCCCUGAAAACACAGACACCACACCAGGGCGCCAAGGUGGAGACCACAGACCCCCUCACUGUUACUGAGUUGUUGACCAUUGACUGUCCUGCACCCACCCAUGUAAAAGAAGUGUCUAUCAUUUACUUUUUACCUAACCCCAGAAGUUUCCUUGCUUUGCUUUCUCCCAUCUCCCUAAUCUAGCACCAGUGGAUUUCACAUAACCCAUUUAAUGUCUUCUCUCUUUUUUUCCAAUUAAGUGUAUUUUAUUGACUAGGUUAUUACAGCUGUCCCAAUUUUUCUCCCUUUGCCCUCUCUUCCCAGUAGUCCCUCUUCCAUCCAGCAAUCCGCCCCCCACCCACUUAUUUCAUGCCCAUGGCUUGUACAUAUAAGUUCUUUGGCUUCUCAUUUCCUAUACUAUUCUUAACAUCUCCAUGUCUAUUUUGU